AUGUCAAAAAAACCAUCAAACGCGCCACCACCUUCACAACGGCUCUACAAACAUAUGUCAUGGUCGCCUGACAUGCUUCGAGAAAAAGCGUGGCAGAGACGAAAGGAAAAUCACCGCAGAAGCAGCAGAGACGGUCACCUUCGCCUAAGCAAGAGUCUAUCGGAGUAUGACCUGCAGGAACUCAAUGCUUGUUUUGAACUUGGGUUUGGGUUUGAUUCACCGGAAAUUGACCCGAAGCUAUCAGAUACUUUCCCAGCUUUGGAGUUGUAUCAUGUUGUUAAUAAACAAUAUCAUAAUCAUAACAUGUCACGAUCUUCUUCUUCAUCUUCUAUUGUUUCUGAUAGUGACAUUGCUAACACCACAACCAUAUUUAAUCCAGCUGAUGAUUUGCCUGCGAAGAAGACUCGUUUAAAACAAUGGGCAAAGAUGGUUGCUUGUGUGGUGCGACAAACUUCUCCAUCAUCUGCUUCAGGAUCUUCUAACCUAGUUGAUUGA